UCCUGGGAUUUGUAGUCUAUUUGAUGGACAGCUACCGUUUCUGUUAACGACGCAGGCGCCGCUCAAAAACUACAUCGCCGCCAUGUGCAUAAGGUCGAGCACCGCUUGCAUCAGCGUGGGGACGGCACUCACUGGCAAACUUUCUAACAGCAGCUGCUUGUCUUGUUUUAAAGUGCAAAUACUGCCAUUAUCAAAGCCAGCUGAAACAUAGCGAAGUCGCUGCCAACGGCCAGAUGAAGCUCUUCGUAAGUGAAGGCAACCCGCAUUGCCUGAAGGUGUUAGCUGCUUUAGAAGUAUGCGGAGUUCACUGUGACGUUCAGUAUGUCAACCACGAAGAAAAAGUGGUGCCCUUCCUUAGCCGUCCAGCCUUACCAGCCCUGCUCCUGCCUAGUGGGCAGCACCUUUUCAGCUCCAAUGCCAUCUGCCGCUACCUGUUUGAGGUUAAUGGACAAGACUCCAGUGAACUUUGCAAUCAGUGGCUUGAAUGGGAGGCCACAGAACUUCAGCCUGCGCUGCUAGAGGCCCUCCACAUCACAGUGGUGCAAGGAAAAGGAUCAGAGGUGCCCAAAGUCCUUCAGGGGCCCCUAAACUACUUGGACCAAAGCUUGAGCAAGGGGAACACGCCAUAUUUAACCGGGAAAGCCGUUUCAGUCGCCGAUGUUGUUUUGUGGGCUGCGCUGUACCCUAUUUUAUCUGAUUCUUCACUAGCAUUGGGUGAAUGUAAGUGUGUGAAGACUUGGUUUGACCGUGGGGCUGUUAUGCACAGUUUCCAGUCUGCUGCUCAGAAAGUGCUGCAGGGAAAAGGCCUGCAGGGCAUGAAGAGCUUCAUGCAGAGGCAGCCUGCCCCUCGGAGCAGCCAGUGCAGAGACACUCAGCAAUGCAACAGCAACCCUGCUGAGGGUGAUGAAGGUGAGCGUGUGGUUUCAGAAGCAGAGAUGGAGGCAGCUGCUCUCACCUGGAGUAAAGGUUUGAACACCAACCCAUCGACUAUAGACAGACAGCACCCUAUUUUACCACAAGAGGGCAAGCGAAACCUGCUCGUGACCAGCGCCCUGCCUUACGUCAACAAUGUUCCCCACCUGGGCAACAUCAUUGGCUGCGUCCUCAGCGCUGAUGUCUUCAGCAGGUACGGCCGUCUGCGAGACUGGAACAUGCUGUUUGUGUGUGGCACAGAUGAGUACGGCACAGCAACAGAGAAUAAGGCCAGAGAGGAGGGUCUAACACCGCAGCAGAUCUGCGACAAGUAUCACGCCAUUCACUCCAGCAUCUACAAGUGGUUCCAGAUUGACUUCGAUUAUUUUGGCAGAACCACCACUGAGAAGCAGACAGAGAUAGCCCAGGAUAUUUUCUGGCGACUCCACAAGCAUGACUUUCUCGUGGAAGACACAGUGGAGCAGCUCCGUUGUGAAAGCUGUCAGCGCUUCCUUGCCGACCGCUUUGUAGAAGGCAUCUGUCCCCACUGCACCUACCCAGAAGCUCGUGGUGACCAGUGUGACAAGUGUGGGCGCCUCAUCAAUGCUGUGGAGCUCAGGGAACCCCAGUGUAAGGUCUGCAGGCAGACUCCAGUCAUCCGCUCCUCCAAACAUCUUUUCCUGGACCUGCCAAAGCUUGAAACUCAGUUGGAGCAGUGGCUGGACAAGUCAACCAGCACAGGAGACUGGACAGCAAAUGCAAAACAGAUCACUCGGUCCUGGCUGAGAGAUGGACUCAAACCUCGCUGCAUCACCAGGGACCUGAAGUGGGGAACACCAGUACCUCAUCCUGACUUUAAAGAGAAGGUGUUCUAUGUGUGGUUUGACGCCCCCAUCGGUUAUCUGUCCAUCACCGCCAACUACACCGACAAAUGGGAAAAGUGGUGGAAGAAUCCUGAUCAGGUGGAGCUGUACAACUUCAUGGCCAAAGACAAUGUGCCAUUUCACAGUGUGGUGUUUCCCUGCUCCCUACUGGGAGCUCAGGACAACUACACUCUGGUCGGCCACCUCGUUGCCACUGAGUAUCUGAAUUACGAGGACACCAAGUUCUCCAAGAGCCGAGGCGUGGGUGUGUUCGGAGACAUGGCCAAGGACACGAACAUCCCUUCUGAUGUGUGGCGGUUCUACCUCCUUUACGUGCGUCCAGAAGGACAGGAUUCAGCCUUCUCCUGGGCUGACAUGGCUACCAAGAACAACUCUGAGCUACUUAACAACUUGGGCAACUUUAUCAACAGAGCUGGCAUGUUUGUCACCAAGUUCUUUGACGGCUGUGUGCCUGUGAUGGAGCUACAGCAGGAAGAUAAGAAGCUGCUGGCUCUGGUGGGCUGGGAGCUGCAGCAGUACAUCCAGCUUAUGGAUAAAGUCAAAAUCCGAGAUGCUCUGAAACACAUCCUCAACAUCUCUCGUCAUGGCAACCAGUACAUUCAGGUCAAUGAGCCCUGGAAGAAGAUCAAGGGAGAAGACGCAGAAAGGCUACGUGCGGGCACAGUGACGGGUGUGUCUGUGAACAUCGCCUGCUUGCUGUCUGUGAUGCUGUUCCCAUAUAUGCCUACGGUCAGCCAAACCAUCAGGGAUCAACUCAACGCACCUCUGUCUAUCAUCAGUACCAUGUUGCAAGGCAAUGGCACCUUUGUAUGUGCCUUGAGUGCCGGCCAUCGUGUUGGCACCGUCAGUCCACUGUUCCAGAAACUGGAGAUGGACCAGAUUGAGGCUUUGAAGAAGAGAUUUGGUGGACAGCAGACGACAGCUCAAAAGGCUGCCAGCACUCAGUCUGCUGCUGUGCCAGCUCCUGCUACUGCUGCUGCUGCUGCUGAGGUUGCGCCGGUGAACGGAGUGGACCCAGAAAAAGCUAAGCAGCUCACACAGGCUGUGGCUGAACAGGGGGACAAGGUGCGAGCGCUCAAAACCCAGAAGGCAGACAAGGCUGUGAUUACAGCGGAGGUGACCAAACUGUUGGACCUGAAGAAACAGCUGGCUCUAGCUGAGGGGAAGAGCCCUGAGCCUGCACCUCAGAAGGGCAAGAAGAAGUGAGACAUGAAAAAAUGAAAGCAAAAACAACGGAGGUUAGUCAGAGGAAGGGAAGAGUAGAAUGGUUUGAGGUAUGAUAGUAGAGAAUGGGAACAAGAUGUACACUAAGAGAGAUGAGGGUAUUAGCUUAAGGCAAAGCCGUGACAGGAUCUAAGACAAUGUGGUGUUGGCACUGAGGACUAAUGAAAUGCUGGAUAGGCCGACGGGGAAACGAAAACACACAAAAAGGGAGUCAAAUGAAUACAGCUACAGAAUGGAGGGAUUUCUCCAAAUCCCUACACCAAAAGAAACUGAUUUUAUACUCUCCCUGUGAUAAAGUCAGCAUACGAUAUUAGCUUUGGAAGGUGUGUUGCGCAUUUAAAGAUGUUUUUUAUAUCCUCUGAAAUGUUGUUUUUGCCAUUUGCUACAAAUACCCCUUUUGGAUCCAGAAAAUUAAUUUAACUUAUGCUUAAAAAAAAAAAAAAAAAAAAAAAGGGUGUCUGCACUCUUCCCCUUUCUCAAUUACCUCUGAUUUACACCAUUUUCUACACAAGAAAAAAAAAAAUCAUUCAUACAGUACAGUUAAAAAGGAAAACCAAUAAACAUUACGUGACACAAAAA